AUGACUUGGCACACCUUGCUCCUUGCUGCACUUGCAACGGCUGCCGCCGCCCUCCAAGUUCUACCGCCAGUCGAAUUCGCGCCGGCUCAGGGAGAUCAGAUCUCGGCCGGAGAUGGAGGCUUCUCAUUGGAAACCGUCGACAGGGUCCUGUAUGUUCAGGCAGACUUCGCGUUGUGGACCGAUAAGAAUGGGCUCACGUUAAUUCCUCCGUCUGUCGACCAAUUCGCGCAAACGUUUCGUGAUGAUCUUGAAGAGUUUACGAAUGAUACUUGGAGCUAUCAAACUCUGGAAAUUUUCCCAAAAGACGCGUCCGGCAUUUUUAUUGGCCGUUCAAAUAGUCCAGCAAGUCAAUUCACAUACGAGGAUGGCACGGCAACGGAGGAAGGGUAUGAGCUUGUAGUUGAUAAGAAUCGCGUAUCCAUCUAUGGCUCAGGGGCACGAGGGGUGUGGUGGGGAACGCGCACUUUGCUUCAGCAGACAAUUCUCAAUGGCACCCUUUCACCUGGUCGCAUGAGCGAUGCACCCGCGUACCCAACGCGUGGCAUGAUGCUCGAUGCGGGACGCAAGUGGUAUUCGUUGGAUUAUUUGAAAAAUCUGUGCACCUACGCUUCUUUUUUCAAACUCUCCGAGUUUCACUAUCAUGCGACGGACAACUUUCCUCUAAGUCGAGGCCCGAACAUCACCUGGACAGAGGUCUAUUCGCAAUUUGCCUUGCGACCGGAGAAUCCAGAGCUAUUGCCCCUGGUACAGCGCAUAAACGAGACACUGACUCGGUCGGAAUUUGACGAUUUUCAACAACACUGCGCUCGUCGAGGAGUGACUGUUAUUCCUGAAAUCGAGAGUCCCGGUCACUGCUUGUCGGUCACGAAAUGGAAGCCUGAGCUUGCCUUGGACAGCAAAGACCUUCUCAACCUCACGCAUCCCGAGACCAUUCCCCUGGUCAAAUCCAUAUGGUCAGAGUUCCUGCCAUGGUUCCAUACAAAAGAGGUUCAUAUCGGCGCUGAUGAGUAUGAUUCCACCUUGGCGGAUGACUACGUCCGCUUCGUCAACGAGAUGUCCGACUUUAUUUACCAGACUCACGGAAAGAAAAUCCGCAUCUGGGGUACUUAUGAGCCCAGUGCUCUGUUGAUCGACAGCAAUAUCACCAUCCAACACUGGCAAUAUGGCCAGUCGGACCCGGUCGCACUAGCACAAGAUGGAUACCAGAUCAUCAAUUCUGAGGACUGGUGGGCCUAUCUUUCGCUUAAAAACAACCACGUUCCAAUCACACCAGCACCAUACCCUCAGUUCUUCAACAACAACCGAGUGUUGGAUUUUGGCGGCGUUGAGGGCUGGCAGUGGACCCCGGAGCUGUUCAAUCCCGUCAACACCUCGGAGCAACCGGCGAAGAAUGCCGUUCGUGGUGCCAUACUUGCCGCAUGGAACGACAACGGACCCGAUGCGACCACGCAGCUGGAGGCUUAUUAUGCUAUUCGAAAUGGAAUUCCGGUUGUCGCAUCUCGUGCAUGGUCAGGGAACCGAGGGCCACUUCUGGAACCGUCGACCCUGGACGAAUCUAUCUCUCUUCUCACCAGUAAUGCGGUAUCGCAGAACCUCGAUCGACAAAUGGUACGUGGAGGGAAAGGUCGGCCGAGGGUACUGUUCUCAUGGUCCAAACCUAAUCACCAUGCGCAACAAUACCAGAUAGGUCUCGGAAGCAAAGGAAUGAACUACACACUGGAACUGGAUGCUAAUGGUCCUUUCUCUCUUCACUCUGAUGACGCAACACUCUCUCUUUCGGCUGAUGGCGAACUGGUCUUUUCGGCGGAUGGCUGGCCAUAUCCUCUUCAUUCCGUUGCAGAGACUGAUGGAGUUGAGCCCGCAGAGCCCGGACGGAUCUGGGCGAAUGGUACCGAGUCCUCACACCAUGUCGUCACUGUUCCCCAGCGGGCUCAAAUCACGAUAGCAACCAAUCAGUUCGAAGGUAGUCGGGUUUGGAUCAAUGGCCGUUUUGCGGGACGCUUUGAGGUGUUUGUCUAUGGUGGCAAGAACCAGGUGUUCUCGUGGAGUCAGAUGGCAUUUGUUGCGCCCCUUGAUUAUGUCCGUGGGUCCGGUUUGCAGCACAUGACUUUGCAUGAGUAA